CACGACCAUCGGGCACAGCGCAGUCGCUUGCAUUGCAUCUUGCGACCACGCACGGCCGCCAUGAGCAACCUCAAGCGCAAGGAGGCCCCCGGGGGCCCUCCUCCGUCAAAGACGGCCAAGAAACUGAAGGAGGCCCGCCCCUCCAAAAACGAUGCGACGGCAAAAGAUGCAACCCCCGCGAGCAAGCCCUCCAAGAAGCCCGCCGAACCCAAGGCGCCCGUCGUCUCCCUGCUCAAGGAUGACGAGCCCAUCUUUCCCCGUGGCGGCGGCAGCGUCUUGACACCCCUGGAGCAGAAGCAGAUCCAAUUGGAGGCCAAGGCCGAUGCCAUGCGCGACGACGAAUUCGACACGGGCGGCAAGGCGCAAAAGAAGAAGAAGCGCAAGGUGUCACUCAAGAGCGACGGCAAGCCCGGCUCCAGCAAGAAAAAUACUGAAGGCACUGUGAAGGUGGAGAGUCUCAACUUCAAGAAACUGGUCAAGGGCUCGCUCGUCCUCGGACAGGUGACGCGCAUCAACCGUCUUGACCUCGAGAUCGCCCUGCCCAACAACCUCGCGGGCCGCGUCUCGAUUGUCGCCAUCUCCGAGCAGCUGACUGACAGACUGCAAAGCAACGCGGUCGAGAAAGACGACGGCGACGGCGACGACGAUGAAGAAUCCUCCGACGAAAGCAACGUUGAUCUCAAGAGCCUGUUCGCCGUCGGACAGUACCUAAGGCUGUACGUCGUAUCGACGUUGGACGAGUCAGCGGUUACCGGCAAGGCCAGGAGAAAAAUCAACCUAUCUCUGCGACCUGCCGAAACCAACGAGGGCCUUGACAAAGACGAUCUUGUUCCCAACAGCACCGUCAUGGCCGCCGUCGUCAGCGUCGAGGACCGUGGCUGUGUCAUGGAUAUUGGUAUUUCAGGACUCCGCGCUUUCUUACCGACAGGAGAGAUCGACCCAAGCAUAGAUCGAGACCGGUUGCAGCCCGGAUCCGUCUUCCUGUGCCAUGUUACCGGCCAGGGCAAGGGCAAAGUCGUUCAGCUUUCGCUGCUGCAAAAGGCACUGGGAAAUGUCAAAGCCGUGCCUACCGAGGCAACUACAAUCAGCACUUUCUUGCCUGGCACCGCUGUCGAUGUCCUUGUCUCGCACGCCGACCGCCGUGGCCUUGCCGGCAAGGUCAUGGGCAGUCUGGAUGUCACGGCCGAUCUUGUACACUCUGGCGUGGGCCCCAACGACACGAAUCUGGAAGAGGCCUGCAAGGUCGGCAGCAAAAUCAAGGCCCGGGUCAUCUGCAACUUUCCGACGGCAAAGGACCCCAAGCUAGGCAUCUCGCUGCUGCCGCAUAUCACUUCUCUGAGUCGAAUGUAUCCUGCUCAGGAUGCCAACAACCUGCCGACCGUCGUGCUCCCCGUCUCGUCGCUUGUGGAGAAGUGCACGGUUCGCCAUGUCGAGUCCGAGAUUGGGCUCUUUGUGGACACAGGUGUCGCUGGACUCAGCGGCUUCGUGCACAUUUCACGGGUCAAGGACGGUAAGGUGGAUGCGCUCUAUCAGACGAGCGGCCCUUACCAGGUCGGAUCCGUCCAUAAGGGUCGUGUAAUUGGCUACAGUGAGAUGGAUGGCAUAUUCCACAUCUCCUUCGAGAAGACCAUCCUCGAGCAGCAAUACAUUCGCCUCGAGGACGUUCCCGUCGGGGCGGUGGUCAACUGCGAAAUCGAGAGACUUGUCAUCAAGGAGGAUGGCGUGGCUGGCUUGAUUCUCAAGCUGGCAGAGGGCAUCAACGGCUUCGUGCCGGAUCGUCACAUGUCCGACAUUCGCCUCCAGCACCCCGAAAAGAAGUUUCGCGAGGGAAUGAAGGUCAAAGCCAGGGUCCUCUCCACGAAUCCAGCCAAGAGGACUAUGCGCCUCACGCUCAAAAAGACACUCGUCAACUCGGACGCACCACCCAUCAAGUCCUACAACGAGGUUAGCGUUGGCAUGCAGGUCCUAGGCACCAUCGUCAAGCUUCAGCCCAACGGUGCUCACGUCAAGUUUUACGGUCCCCUGCGAGGCUUCCUCCCGGUCUCUGAAAUGAGCGAGGCAUAUAUACGCGACCCCAAUGAGCACUUCCGUGUGGGCCAGGUCGUCAACGUUUACGUCCUGGAUGUCGACCCCGACCAAAGACGACUGGUCGUGUCCUGCAAAGAUCCGGGCGCUUUCGGCCUGGAGAAGCAGACGGCGCUCAAGAACAUCAAGCUGGGUGACAUAGUCUCCGGCAAGGUGACACAAAAGACCGAGGACCAGGUCUUUGUAGAGCUAGCCGACAGCCAGCUCAAGGCCAUCCUGCCCGUGGGCCAUCUGACAGACAACAAAUCGGCGUCCAAGGUUCAGUUUUCCCUGAAGCGCAUCUCGACCGGGCAAACUCUGUCAAACCUUGCGGUGAUUGACAAGAAUGAUCAGCGCCGCGCCAUCAUUCUUACCCAAAAGGCCAGUCUGGUCGAGGCUGCCAAGGAUGGAAAGCUGCCGUCGACAUUUGAAGAGGUCAAGAUCGGCAGCGUUCUCUCUGGAUUUGUGCGGAACAUUACCCAAAGCGCCGUUUUCGUUCAGUUCUCUGGAAGUCUCCACGCGCUGCUGCCCAGGGCCAGACUGCCUGCCGACGCCCAGAGCUUGCCCGACUUUGGCCUGCAGAAAUACCAGUCUAUCGAAGUCAAGGUUGUAUCGACCAUUCCGGAGCUGCGUCGCGUCAUGGUAGCUCCCUCAUCUGCACCCGAGCAAGCGGAGAAGCCGAAGCGUGUGGAAAAGGCCCCAGCACCCGAGGAUGGCCUUAAGGUCGGCAGCAUUGUGCAGGCCAGCAUCACAUCCGUUAAGCAGACGCAGCUGAACGUCCAGCUAGUGGGUACCGGUGUACAGGGUCGCAUCGAUGUUUCUCAAGUCUUUGACAAAUGGGACGACAUCCCCGACCCCAAAGAUCCCCUGGACAAGUUCCGUAAGAAGCAGCAGCUGAAGGUCAAGGUCAUUGGUGUCCAUGACGCGAAGGACCAUCGCUUUCUCCCUCUGUCACACCGCUCGGCUCACUCGGUUCUGGAGCUGUCAGCGAAGCCCAGUGAUUUGAAGAGCGAGGUCGCGGAACCCCUCGCCCUGGAGUCGAUCAAGGUUGGAGAGACGCACGUCGCCUUUGUCAACAACGUCACCCCCCAGUACUUGUGGGUGAAUCUGUCGCCCAACGUCCGCGGCCGUGUCUCUGCCAUGGAGGCGUCAGAUGACUCUUCGCUGCUCAACGACUUGCACGCCCACUUUCCCAUCGGCUCUGCCUUGCGUGUGAAGGUUACCUCCGUCGAUACCGAGAACAAGCACCUGGAUCUCUCGGCACGAUCGUCGAGCUCCUCCGAAUCCAUCACCUGGGCCAGCCUGAAGCCAAAUAUGUUCUUGCCUGGUCGUAUCACCAAGGUCAACGAGCGCCAAGUGUUGAUUAAACUUAGCGAGACCGUCUCGGGCCCUGUCCACCUGCCUGACAUGGUCGAUAACUUCGACGACAUCGACACCUCCGAGUACAAGAAGAACGACAUUGUGCGUGUUUCGGUGGUGGAAGUGGACGCCCCCAACAAGCGACUCCGCCUGUCGCUCCGCCCCUCGCGCAUUAUGAGCUCGGCGCUGCCAGUGGCCGACAAGGAGAUCAGCAGCUUUUCCCAGAUCUCCAGCGGCGAUAUUGUUCGCGGCUUCGUGAAGAAUGUCGCUGACAAGGGCCUCUUCGUCCUCCUCGGUGGACAAGUGACGGCUCUUGUCAAGAUUGCAAAUUUGUCAGACCGCUUCUUGAAGGAGUGGAAAGACCAGUUCCAGAUUGAUCAGCUGGUCAAAGGCCGUGUCAUCGCUGUUGAUGCCGCCUUGCGCCAGGUCGAGCUCAGCCUCAAAGCUUCCAUGGUGGAGGAAGACUACACCCCGCCGAUGACCUUUAAGGAUAUUAAAGAGGGCCAGGUCGUGACGGGCAAGGUGCGCAAGGUCGAGGAGUUUGGUGCAUUCAUUCUCGUCGAUAACUCUGCCAACGUGAGUGGUCUGUGCCACCGUAGCCAAAUGGCCGACAAGGCCGUCAAGGACGCGACGAAGCUCUACAAGGAGGGCGACGUGGUCAAGGCCAAGGUUCUCGAGGUGGAUGCCGACAAGCGACGAAUUUCGUUCGGCUUGAAACCGUCAUUAUUUGAUGACGAGGAUAGCGAUAUGGGCUCGGAUGCUGGCGCGGCCCUGGAGGAUGAGAGCGACGAAGAUGUCGAGAUGGACGAGGGUGCCUUGCUCAAAAUCCUUGGCACAGAUAACAUGGAUGACUCUGACUCUGACUCUGAGAAUGAAGAAGUUGAGGACGACCAAGACGAAGGCAGUGACGACGAUGAAGAGAUGGAAGAUGCCCCCAGCGCCAGCGCCAGCGCCAAGGGGAGCGGCCUCGGCUUGGGCAAAAAGUCAGCCUGGGCGGAAGACCCAUUUGACGAGCCUGAUGCAGGGUCCGACGACGGGGAGCAGAUUGUUGCUGAAAAGAAGAAGCGGAGAAGAAAGGGCGAAGUCCAGGUGGAUAAGACGGCCGAACUCGACGCACAUGGCCCGCAAACGUCGAGCGACUACGAACGACUGCUUCUAGGGCAGCCAGACUCAUCUGCGCUCUGGAUCGCCUACAUGUCGUUCCAGAUGCAGGUGAGCGACCUGUCCAAGGCCAGAGAAGUCGCCGAGCGCGCUAUCAAGAGCAUCAACAUCCGAGAGGAGACGGAGAAGCUCAACGUGUGGGUGGCGUACCUCAACCUGGAAGUCGCUUACGGCAGCAAGCAGACCGUGGAGGACGUGUUCAAGCGCGCGUGCCAAUACAACGACGAGCAGACGGUGCACGAGAAGCUGGCGAGUAAUUACAUUGGGUUGAACAAGCAGAAGGAUGCCGAUGCGCUCUUUGAGACGAUGGUCAAGAAAUUCGGAGCAAAGUCUCCCAAGGUGUGGACCAACUACGCGCACUUCCUGCAUCACACGAAUAACGACCCUUCGCGGGCACGUGCUCUGUUGCCGCGCGCGACGCAGCAACUGGACAAGCGACAUCACCAGGCCAUCAUCAGCGGGUUCGCCGCGCUCGAGUUCAUGUCGGACAACGGCGAGCCGGAGCGGGGUCGCACCAUGUUCGAGGGUCUCCUGUCGACGUGGCCGAAGAAGGGCGAUCUCUGGAGCCAGCUGCUGGACCUGGAGACGAGACGAGGCGCGGAGGCGGAUCAAGCGGCAGUGCGGGACGUGUUCGAGCGCCGGACUCGUGUCAAGGGCCUGAAGCCGCAGCAGGCCGAGAGGUGGUUCCGGCGCUGGGCAGAGUGGGAGGAGAAGCUCGAUCCCAAGGGCCGGGAGCGGGUCAUGGCCAAGGCGCAGGACUGGGCGGCGCAAUUCAAGUCGCGCAAGGAGGCCGACGCGGCGGCGGCGGCAGAGGCAGCCGACGAAGAGAUGGAGGAGUGAUGAGGGCUCUGUGGCCAAGUUCAUGGCAAUUGCAUGGUGGUGCCGGAUAGCAUCAGGUCGCGUCGAGACUUUUAUUCUAGACAUUUAUGUGUGGCGCGCAAACGUGAGCAACGUCUAAAGAGUGCAUGAUAAAGCCUUGCGCGCGCCGAGAUUGAGAGUGACGCGAAAGUAAUUGACGCG